AUGAAAUAACAUGCCAAUAACUAUUUUGUUAAGAAAAUAGCCAAACCUAUUUCGUAAGUUAGUACAAAUUCAGCCGUUACAAGAUCAAAUGAAUAAAAGCCAGCAUCUUAUUUAACAUUUAGUAGAAGUAAACAUAAAAGAAAGAAUGAGACAGCUAUUAAAUUACCAGAGUUAUAGACUAUCUCUGCUCGUGCUAAAACUGAAUAAGAUUAAGUUGUAUUAAAUGAAUUCAAAAAAUCAAUUGUCAUUAUUAGUAGAAAACCUAGUGCUACAUUAAUCUCUCAAAGAAUAAAAACUUCCACUUCUAUUCAAAUUUGGGAACCAGAAUAAGUAUUAAAGCAACCAUUUGAAGAAGUUUAAUUUAUAGCUCCAAAAUUCUAAGAUGUUCUUUGUGAAGAGUUCAUAUUAAAUUAAAAGAAAUCCAAAAUCAAAGAGAAAAGUAAUAUUUUUUGUAAGACCAAAUUAAAUGAAUAUGAGAAAUUUUAAGAAAAAAGUUCAAGAAUGAUCAGAAAAAUUAUUCAACUUCUUAAAACUCAUCGAGAAAGAAAUGAAGAAAAAGAAUUUAAAAGUAAAACAAUUAUUGAAACUAAAAUGGCUAAAUCUAAUAUUUACUUUCAUGCAUAAACUUAAUAAUUACCUGAAUAACAUCACUUUAAUUAAAAAGAACUCCUUUUUCAAUAAUAAUUGUCAGCCAUUCCAAAAAGACAUUCAAAAUAUAGUUCAUAAGUCACUUUAACUCAUUAAGCUGAAUCUUUCAAACCUAUGAAAAGUUUAAUUGAAGAAAUUAAAGAAAAAUAACAAGAUCCAAUUAAAUAAGCUUCUAUUUGUCUUGUAUCUCCUAAUUAUCCAUAAAAUAAUAAUAAAUAAAAAAUUAAGUUAGUAAUUGAAUGUUUAGAAGAAUAAAAGUCUAAUAAAUUUGAGUUUUUUGUUCCUAAAUAUAUGGAAAUAGAUUAAGAUAUUUAAAUUUAAUUAUAGAAUGAUAUUGUUGAGAUUAAAGAUACAAAAAAAUCAAAUAUAUAUUCUUUAGUUUCAAAAAAUAUGUUUAGCAAGAAGUAAUAUUAAUAAUUUUAUUAGAAAAUUGAAUUAAAUUCAAAGUUUAAAUGAAUCAACUCUAGAUGAAUUUAAUUCUGAUAAAGCAACUUAAUUUACAAGAUACUACUUAUAAAAUUAUGUUCUAAAAUGUAUCAAUUAAAAGAAAAUCAAAGAUAAAAAAGAUAAAGAACCUUUGUUAAAUAUUAUGAAAUAAGAUUCUAAACAAGAAUAAUAGAUUUUUAUAACUAAGACUCCUCUUGAUUGCUCUAUUAUUGUAAAUAUAAAUUAUAGUAAAGAAAGACUUUUAAACAACUAAUUUUUUUGAAAUAAGUAGUUUGAUUUAUCGAUGUAUUGAACCAUAUGAUUCACAAGCUUCCAGUAUGAUAUCUGACAAUAGUCUACUAGCAGAUAAAAGUUUUAUUGAUUCUUCAACAGAUAAUGGAAUUAGACUUAAAUUUCUUAAUGCAACUAAAUUACUUGAUCAUUCUGUCUUAAAAGAAAGAUUAAUCAAAACUAUCAUAUCUACAGUUUCAGAUGAAUCUAAAAACAUUUUACUUCAUCAAAAAAUAAUGGCUUUUGCAAAUUAAGUUGAAGAAGUAAUUCAUAUAGAUUAUGAUUUGCCACAUCAACCACGUAAAUUUUAAUAUAAAUAUUUUUUUUAGAUUUGGAAGCUUUAAAUCGACUCUUUCUUCGAAUUAAUAAAUAUGAUAGAAAAAAAUUUCUCUAAUCUUUUUUUAAGAAAUUUUAAAUUAUAUGUGUUGGAUAUUUUGAAGAUCAUUUUAGACACUAACUUAAUAAUGCAGAAAAAGCAUUUGUUAAAUUAUGUUUUCAAUAACAAAAUAAUAGCUUAACUGAUAACACUUCUAUGAAAUAUUCUAAUAUGCUAAAAUCUAGACAUUAACGUGAAACAACAAUGGAAACAAUCCCUAAAUAACCAUCAAAUUUAAUGAUAUUAUCUUUACCUCCUGUUGCUAUUAAAAGUAGAUCAGAAUCUCCAUCAAAUCUUGUAUUUAUUUUAUUCUAUUAUUAAGAGUGACUCUAGAACACAAAAAAAUAGUAGAUAAAAUUAAUAAGUUUUACUUAAAAAUAUGGAAAGAAGUACUUAAUUUAUUUAAUUUUAGAACCUUCAUAAAGAUUUUUAUAAGUAUAACCUUCAUCAAAGUUUUAAUUACAAUAAUAAACUCCAAGAAUUUAGAAACUCUCAAUAGUUUAAGAAAAAGAAUCAUAAAAUACUGAUAAAUAGAAUUAGAAAGGUAAUAUGAAGUAAAUUUAAAAUAAUUUAAAAUAAUUAUCAAUGGACCCAUAAUCAUUAUUAUUUAGAAAUAUGAUGAUACAGAAAACGAAAAAUGAAGAUAAAACAUUACAUUAAAGAAUAUAUCUAAUGGUUGAGGAGCAUCGGCUUUAAGAUUUGAAAGAGAUUCUUAAAUUAGAAACAUCCCUUGAUGUUAAUUAUUAAAAUAAUUAUGGAGACACAAUGUUAAUUUCAGCAUCUAAAUGUGGAGCUGCUUAAAUCGUAGAAUAUUUAUUAAAAAAUGGUGCUGAUGUUUCAAUUUAGAAUGUAUUAAUUUUAAUUAAUAUUUUAGCAUAAUGGACAAACAGCUAUGGAUGUGGCAUUAAAAUAUUAUUAAUUCUAAACAGCAGAUAUUAUAUUUAAGUAUCUUUAACCAGAUAAUAAAAAUUUAUGA